CCUGCUUCGACCACGUACAAGAUUCAGUCCAAAGAUUUGGUUGCAACACGAUCGGACAACAGAUACAUAUACACAUGGGCAACUUGUGCGUCCGGGGCGGCCACCGUGCAAGGCCACUGGUGGUCUUGCCGGACGGCAGCCGGUUCCGGCUGGAGGAGCACGCGGGCGUAGCCGAGCUGAUGAUGGAGGCGCCGGGGCACGUGGUUGCGCGGGCCAAGGAUGCCGUCAGGGAACGACGGCUGCGAGCCUUGGGCGCUGACGAGCUCUUGCGCGCGGGGGAGGUGUACCUCCUCGUGCCCGUGGGGAAGGCCGGGGCACGGCUGUGUGACGGGGCGGUGGAGGCGAUCUGCCCACUGGUCUUUGGAAAAAAGGGGAGCAAGCUUAAGGGCAGGGGCGGCAGCAGGUUGUCCAGGAGAAGGAUUUUCCCGGGAGCAGAAACUGGCUUCGGGGAAGAUGAUGUCGCCGAUGGGAACAAGUCUGGUAAACAGGGCCUGCAGGUACAUAGGCUUAGGGCCAGGCAGUGGAGGCCUGCCCUUGAGACCAUCGACGAGGCGUAGAUUAGUCAAGGAUUUGGUGCGCUCUUUGUUCAUAAAAUAGGAAAUUUGAUUAUUUCAUUUUAUUCUUCCAUGUGUGUGGAUUUUUUAAGCAAAAGCUUAAAUCUCAGUCAAGAUCUUAGUACCAUUUUCACUCCA